AUGGUUAAUCCUCGUCUUGCUCUACAAAAUCGACGCCAAAUCUCGUCUCUACAACGAUUCAGCUCUCUCGUAUCUCUUCCUAGCAAACAAUCUCUAAUACAUCGUGAUCAAGGUCGUACAUCGAAUCUAAGGGUCGUAAUGGGAGACUAUUGGGUUACGAAUCACGAGGUCAAAGUGACUCAGUACCUGGAGAAAUACGAGAAAAUGGCUUGGGGAGAUGUGAUUACGUCACUUCCAGGAGAUUCAACAGCGGAGGCGAAGGCGGAAGAAUCUCUGAGACGGUUCAAAGAAGCUUUUGAAGAGGCUUACAAGAAGCACAAGAAUUGGGUCGUACCCGACCCGAAAUUGAAAGACGAAAUCAAAUUCCAAAAUAGAAGAAAAAAUGCGAUUUGGGAGGACGACUCGGGUCUUGAUGCAUUUGUUGUUAUCGCCAUUAGAGGAAAAGAAGAUUUUUGUUAUAUUUUUAUUUGA